GGAGGGAGAGAGAGAGAGAGAGAGCGUAGCAAGGAGGGGAGGAAGGAGUACGGCGUCGCUUUAGUUUCCGUGUUAUUCUUGGACCUACAGUGUUUUGGUACUUCGGGCGGUUUUGCGGUCUGGAAACGCAAGAGAAAAGCAACAAAGUGAAGUGCACUAAGUGUGUAGUGGGUCAGGAAGGAAGAGAAGCAAUGUACCAAGACUGCACUGACCCACAGACUGGCUGAUACGAAACGAACACAGCUUUGUUGUGUGCCAUGGAAUGUUCUCGGUGUCUCGUCCAACCUAUCGGACACUGCAAGAAACAGAAAGACCGUGAUGGCGGUGAUGGUAAUGGUGAUGGUGAUGGUGAUGACAGUGGUGGUGGUGAUGGUGGUGGUGGAUUGAUGACGCCGCUGUGGUACACACAUAAACGCCAAGGACACCAGGCCGAGAAGGAGCUAAGGAGGCUUUUGUUUAAUGAUGAUCCGAUCUUGGCUGCCGGUAGUGGUGGUGGUGGCGGCGGCGGCGGCAAAGGAAAAGGUCAUCUGUUAGUGGAGGUGCCUAAAGGCAGGAGAAUUUUAGUUGUCCGCCUCGGCCAAGAACACGUCUUUGGCGGCGAUGUGGAUGAAGAAGUGGAGAGACAUAAAAACAGAACUGAAAUGGUCAAGACACGAACCUUCUCGAAUCUAUCGAAGCAGAAUCUUUAUCUGCGAUCUGACUCUGGGAAGACAACGAGGCCUGAGCAGACACGACUACGACACAGCGUGACGAGACACGGCAACCCACACAGAGCAAUGUAAGUGAGUGUACGAUGCUCUUUAGUGCUGACCGGUACUGAUCACUGAUAAUUGUCAUCUUUAAUUCAUGAUGAUGCAAAAUCAUUAAUUGUGAUUCAAAUAUUACCAUGUUUGUGUAUAGAGAGUGGCGCGGCGGCAGUGUGAGUACAGUACCACUCUGGCCCUUGUCAAUCUGUUUGUGUAGAGUCUAGCUCAUACGAAAGGUUGAGUUGGGCAGUCACGUCACGUGGAUCGAUAUCUCC